AAAAGAUGAAGGAGGUGGACGACAACCUCUUCCAUUCAAUAUACAGAAACCACCCGACGACGUGGCGAAGAUCGACCAAGGGUCGCGCGGCUCGUGGCUUGCUGGGGUUGCCUGCUUCUGUUGAAGGAGGUGCCCGGACCAGGUUUUGACCCGUUUCGUUUGGGCCACACAGUGAUGGCACCCAGCACUGACCAUUCCACUUGAAGGAAGAAUCAGGUCGUUGUUGGACCACGUCACCACAUUCGCCGACGCGACGAGGAAGAAGGGGCCGAGGACCACGCGAUGUUCCAUGUAGACGACCGCCGCGAUCGCAGUAAGAUCAACCAGCGCAAGUACCGCGCCAUGAUGAAAGAGUCGAAUGCGCAGCUCGCGGCCAACACGCACGAGCUCGAACUGUACAACGUUCGGCUCGAAGCGCGGCUGUGCAUGCUCCGGGACUUCAUCGGUGUUAGCGACUGUAUUGCAUCUGUGAAUCGGUACAUGCAAACGUUUGAACGAGGGUGUGCAAGCGCUGUAUGCCGCCAGGACACGGACACAUACGUGGCAUUGCUCCGGGAGCAGGAAGCGUCGAUUCGGACGCUAUGCGCGCCCCACGUCGAGUUUGACGGCAAGGUCGAAUGGGACAACCAAAUCGGACGAUGGGUGACCUCCAAGCAGUUUGGCGUCGAUGAGCUCGUUCACCGGUGGGUUGCGUGCAGAGCCCUCUUCGAGUCGGUGGGGUGCAUCGAGUGCUCGGAAGUCGACGUCCUGUCCAUCACAUCAGACAUCUUUAUGCUUCAAACGACCACUGUCAAGCACAUUCGCGUAACUGAAACAACACUUCGCCAGCUCUUCCCACACCUGGACCAAGACCUUGCCCACAAAUUGAUCCAGUCCCCUGGUCUCCGCAUUCCGAUCCGAUUAGUCUUCACCUUUGACGUGGCAUCUCGCCUGGUCACGCGGCUUGACGUCCACAGCAACGUCGUGGUUGCCCUCAUGGACACGUUGCAGAGCGCUCAGUGUGCGUGCGACGCCCUCCAUGGCGCCUUCCUCGACCACCAGAAUGUCGUGUUCCACCCGUGAAGUUGUUUCGAGCCAUCGCGCGGUAGGGGUGCCGCCGUCAUCAAGGUUCGCGGCCGGCUCGCUUGUCGGCUCCGUGGCGGAGGGUCACUUAGGGGCUACUCGUACAUAUUGCACAAUAACAUUGCUGCUGUUUCUAUUGCGGCUCUUCGUAUC